AUGAAGAUUGACGACGAAUAUUAUCAAACUCAUCAGCGGAGAGGCUGUAUCUUUAUUUUUAUUACAGCAUUAGCAAGAAUUUUUGGAUUAAUAACACUUACUGGGCUUGUUUUUGUGACAUAUUUGGAAUGGUUGGAGAUGGAUCUGUGGAACUUUCGAAUAUAUAUAACAAUUGUGACAAUUGUUUUCGCUUAUUUGGAAGUUCUUUGGAUACUUGAUAAAUGUAUAACUUGUUGUAUUUGUUGUUUCCGAAGUGAAGCAUGUUUCUAUUGGUUAUGCUGUAUUCCUAUUGAUAAUUGGCUUAAGACAAUCAUUUACGUUGGUUUAUCCAUACCAUUUUUUGUACCAACAUGGCUUUCACCGAUUAUACGAACGGAUGUUAAGAUAGUCGGUGCUCUACUUUCUUUUACUGGCCUUCUAUAUUUUGUUAAAACAUUUAAAUAUAAAAAAAUGAAUACUGAUGAACUACAAGAAGAUGAUUGUCUUUUUCGUAUAUCUAAUUCAUCGACUCGACCAUCAAUGUCAACGCAAACAUCAGUUAUAGGAAUAAAUAAUGAUAAUCUAUCAUCUACAUUUACAAUUGAACAAGAAAUGAAUAAAACUCAUUGA